CUUUGGAGGACAAUUCAUUUGAUUUUUAAAUAUGAGAACCACAUAGUGGCCAACGAUUUAGGGUGCCCAUCUUUAUUUGUUUAGGGAACUCAUUUGAGAUCCCAGUUUACUUUUCUUAUUAUUCCCUUUUUUCCUCCUCUAGUGUGUGGUAUGUUUCUUUCUGUUGCGUUUGGGGAUGUGGGUCUGUGAACUAUGCUAUAUAUCAUCAAGUCGUCUAGACAGCUUUUCUGCCUCGUUCUUUAACUGAGGAGCUGAGUUAAGGGAAGACCUGAUCACUGGCUUGUGUAUGCUAAAAAAUGUACUCUCUGUGUUACAGUUUGCACUCAUUGGGAUUGCACUUGUUUGACUUUGCUGUUUGUUGAUAUGCCAAGGCAUAAUUUUCACUGCCUUUCACUUUGAUGUCUUGAAAUGAAGUAUAGAAUAUCCAUCCAUUUUCAAAGUCUGAGGGGAUCGUAACCUUAUUUUGGACUAUGUACAUUAUGCAUUAUGGCCAUUACUCUGGAUUUGUAUUAGAUUGUUAAAUAAAACAGAGAAACAGAAGCUGGAUAGCAGAACUUCUGCUGCUUAUGUGGGGUAUAAAGCGUGAAAUAUUUGCAGUUUGUAUAAUCCUUGCCACCUUAUUGAUACACUCAUGCAGGUGGUCGUUGGGUGUAAUUAUGUAUGAAAUGCUUAUUGGCUACCCUCCAUUUUACUCCGAUGAACCAGUGACCACUUGCAGGAAGAUAGUUCAUUGGAGAAAUCACCUGAAGUUUCCUGAAGAUGCCAAAUUAAGUCUCGAGGCAAAAGAUUUGAUCUGUCAAUUACUCUGUGAUGUGGAACAUAGGCUUGGUACUGGAGGAGCAGGGCAGAUCAAGGCCCAUCCUUGGUUUAACGAUAUUGAAUGGGAUAAGCUAUAUGAAAUGGAAGCAGCAUUUAAACCAAUGGUUAACGGGGAGCUGGACACCCAAAACUUUACGAAGUUUGAUGACGUAAGCAUAGAUCUCUUUAUUUCUUUCUUAUGUCAUGUCAUAUUCUCUACACUACCGAAAUUACUGGAAAUUUGUCAACUUGAAGUACCUACGACCAAUGUGUUUUUCUUGGCAAUA